AUGGCCAACAUAUUUUCUGAAAACCAAUACGGAUUCAAGCAAGUUUAUUGCUGUAUUCCUUUCUCCCAAUCCAAAAACUCUAAUAUUGAAUUUGGCGAUAAAAUUUGGAUGCCUGUUUCAGCCCUGAAUGAAUUGGUGGUCUGUGACGUCCCAUCUCCAUGGAUGUUUCAGAUUAAAGCAUAUUACAAUUCAGGGCGCGUUUCGCACUGCGGUGUCCUGGAAUUCACCGCUGAAGAGGGCUGUAUCGUGGUGUCGGACUGGAUGAUGGAGAACUUGAACAUACAAGAAGGAGAGCUUGUAGAGGUCGCAAGCGUAGUUCUUCCGACCGGAAAUUACAUGAAACUGCAGCCGCAUACGACAAAAUUCAUCGAACUCUCGAACCCAAAGCUGUUCUGGAAAAUACCCUGA